AGAUGAGGAAGAUGAGGAAGAUGAAGAUGAAGAUUAUAGUGAUGAAUUUGAAGAUUUUGAUGAUGAUGAAGAUGAUGAAACUUCAUCUACUGAUUCAGCAUUUACAGACAUUGAAACAGAUUCAAUUUUAGAUUCAUCUAUGUUACUUGAUACAUAUGUUGCCAAUCCCAAUAGUUUUUCAUUUACAACCCAAACCAAUUCUAAACGAGAAAGGAAAACUAAAAGAGGUACAUCAUUUGAUAAUCCUAGUUUAUCUAAAACAGGUAAUUUUAGACAAAAUUCUAUUGCAAAUUCUUCAAAAGUUUCUACUAUAAAAUCAACUAAUUCAUUAAAUAAAGAAAAGAAACCUUCAGUAGUAUUUGAAAAAAUUGAUCGAGAAAUUUCUAAACCAAUUAUAAAAUCUUCUAAUUUAAGUUCAUUAAUUCAAGCUCGAUUUAAAUCUCCAAAUGUAAAUCCAUUAAAAUAUUUUACAUUUGUUGAAAGUGAUGUAACUAAUAUAACCAAAGCAUCAGUUGAUAUUUUUUUACCUCCUAAUAGAAUUCCUAUAUUACGAGAUUUAAAAAUUAAUGAUAAUGUAUCAAUAUCUGAUUGUAUUGGAUUUAUAUUAUUAAAUUUACAUCAAAUACCAGAAUUUACUAAAAAUGUAUCUGAUCCAAUAAUUUUAAAUCCAAUAUAUUGGAGACUUGAAUUAGUUGAUGAAGAUGGAGAAAAUUAUGGAUCUUUUGGAGUAUUAGAAAGAAAUCGGAAUCUUAAAUCAUAUAAUUAUCCUAAAGAAUUAGCAUUAUGUAAAGUUAAUGAUCAAAAGGAAAUUGCCAAGAAUGAAAGUCAAUUCCCUCUUGCUAUGGAAUUUAAACAAAAUUUACUUAAACAUCGACAAAAUAAAGAUGAAAUAAUUAAUGAAGAUCAAAUUCCUAAUGGUAAGAUUCAAUUAAAAAUUUCUAUGCCUUUAGUAAUUUCUAGUACUUCAACAAGUUAUUUAUAUUAUGCAAAUAGUGAUGAUUCUUCAGGUUAUAUAUUACGAGAAUUUUGUACAGAACAUGGAUUACCCAUGUCUAAAUUUCAAUUCAAGAUAUCUUCUAAAAAGUCUAAUAAUACUACUACUACUACUACUACUAAUAAUAAUAAUAAUAAUAUUAAAAGUACAAGAAAGGUUCAUAGUUCUAAUUCUAUGCUUGAAGAAUCUCUGAUAUCAAGGAUUGUUCGAGAUGAUGAAAAGGCAGGAGAUUUAGUAGGUUAUACACUUGAAUUAGCUCCUAUUGGUAAUAGACUUAGUUUUAUUGGAACUAGUUCAAUUGAUAAUCUGUUAUUAAAUAAUACUAUAACUCCAUCAGAAGGUACAUUCACUAUGAAUAUUACUCCUGAUAAGAAACAAUUGGAAGAAAAGUUCCAUGCACUUCCUAUGGAACAACCUGAAUCAUCAACAAUUUCCAGAAGAGUUACUUCAACAUUAAGAAGAAAAGAACCGCCACCACCUAGUGUAAAAGAGAUCAAAGCCGCUAUUAAUUCUAAUAAAUAUCUUGAUGAUAUUAUUACGGGGAAGAAUCCUCUGUUACCUACUAAUUUAAAUUCAAUUUAUUUUAAAUGGAAAGUAUGGAGAAAGAAAACGACUAUUUUAAAUAAAAUGGAACGUUCAUUGGUUAUUGAUGGUGAUUAUAUUCAUUUAACUCCAUCUGAAGAUGUGGUGUUCAAAUUAAAUCCUGGUGAUAAUCCAUUUGGACAAAGUGAAAUGAAUCAAAAUCAAAACCAGAAUCAAAAUCAAAAUCAAACGCAAAAUCAAAAUCAUCAUCAUCAUCAUUAUUAUAAUUAUAACAAUUAUUAUAAAGAACUGUUAAAGAAGACUAGUUCAUUUCAUAUUACACAAAUUGUUAAAUUAAAACAGUAUAAAGAUUCUAAGAAUCCUAAUCAUUUUAAGAUUGUUAUUCAAAAACCAGUAGAUAGUGCUACAAGUGGUAAAGAUAAUGCACCUAUUAAAAAGAAGUAUGAUUUAGAGGCUAGAAGUGUGAGUGAAUGUCAAGAGAUUAUAGAUAAGAUUCGGUGGGUACUUCAAGUGUACAAUGCCUCGAACUUUUAGGACAAUAUAGAAUAUAGAUAGUAAGAGACAAUACAAGUAAUGCAUUGUAAAGUAAGUUAUAGGCAAUGUAAUGAUGUGUAUUAAGCUAUUAUAUUCAAAUCAAUCUGUAAUUAUAUUUAUCAAAAGUUGUUGUAUCUCUUUCAUAGUUAUUGUAUUUUAAUUUCUUUUCAAUCUUGCCUAUUCAUUAAUAAUCUUAUAUAAUCAUAUACUUUAUAAUCAUACACUUUAUAAUCAUUCUUUA